AACAAGUUGGUGCAAGAAAAAAGAUGGAAAAUUACAAUAAAAAAAUGGUGAGUAGAAAAACUUAUUAGAUACCGGAAUCAAUGGUAUCUAAUAAGUUCUCCCAAUACCUUACCUACUAUUGGAUUUGAACCAAUGACUCCUGCCGUAUGAAAGCAAUACUCUAACCACUGAGUUAAGUAGGUCAUUUAUCAUCCUAAAUAAAAAAAGUCGCUGUCUAUCAGAUCAAUGGAUUCUAAAUGUUAUAUUACUUAUAAACAAUACAAACGCAAUAUAAAUCAAAGAGAUUGGAUGAUGUAAUGUAAUAUUUAUCUUGACAAGAAUUUAUUUAUCGAAUAUCAUCCAAUAUGUAUGUAUCAAAAGCACAAGGGCUAUAGCUCAGUUAGGUAGAGCACCUCGUUUACACAUGCGCCAAUGUUUUUUCAUAGGAGUCCAUCAUGUAAUUAAAAGAGUUGAUCUUAAUUGAUAAAUCGAUGUCUUACUCCAGGAACAAAAUACGAGAACAAUAGCCUGACAAAGGAUUUAGACGUCAAAUGGAAUCCAUAAUGGAUUUGAGAUAUUGAUAAGGUGAAUACUUAAUCUAUUCAAUGCUAGGCAAUGAGUCUAGGGACCUCAAAAAAAUUCUCUUUUCUUACUAUCUUAUGAACUUUAAGGUGUAUGAAGUUUCAUUUCCUAUUUUAUAUUUUUAUUUAAGUAGGUUGAUAGAGAGUCCAUUUAACUUAAGUUGAUUCAGGCCAGAAGCAGACCUACGUCAGGAUAACCUUCUUCUUUGAAAAACUUUGGUAGUGCUCUUAGAUUUUCAUCUAAAUAAGAAAUCAGAGCACAGGGAGUCAUUUCCUUUUUCUUUGUGGAAAGAAAAAAGAUGGUAGACUAAUUGAUAUUUCUAUCAGUUAAUGAAAAAGCCCAAUGCAAAAAAAAUGCACGUUGGGUCUUUAAAACAAUUCAAAUCAUUUUGAUAAGAAUAGUUUGAUCUGUUUUACCGAGAAGGUCUACGGUUCGAGUCCGUAUAGCCCUAAUAUUACUACCGAUACUACUCAGAUUUCUAUUUAUUAUCUCAUAUCUGUCAUUACAAAUAGAUUUCUAAUAAUACUAUAUUUAUUAUAUUAGUACUAUAUUGAAUACGAAAUACUAGUAAUACUAUACUAGUAGUAUAAAUAUACUUGAAAUACUUUUUGGAAUAGAAAGAAUGAUAGAAUGAUAUUAGUAUACUCAGAUACUAAUUUCAAUUUUAUUAGAAAUAAUGUAAACUUAAUAAAAUACAAAGCAUUUCGAUUUAGAUUAGAUUAAUGAAUCUAAGAAUUUGAAAAUUUCAAUUCAAAUCGACUAAGAAUUAAUAUGAAUCCAGUAUAUUUUCCACAUUCAUAGGAGUACAUUUAUGUUUUUGCUUUAUGAAUAUGAUAUUUUUUGGACAUUUCUAAUAAUAUCGAUCUUGAUUCCUAUUUUGGCAUUUCUCAUUUCUGGAAUUUUAGCUCCAAUUAGGAAAGGGCCAGAAAAACUUUCUAGUUAUGAAUCUGGAAUAGAACCGAUGGGCGAUGCUUGGUUACAAUUUCAAAUCCGUUAUUAUAUGUUUGCUCUAGUUUUUGUUGUUUUUGAUGUUGAAACAGUCUUUCUUUACCCAUGGGCAAUGAGUUUUGAUGUAUUGGGGGUAUCCGUAUUUCUAGAAGCUUUCAUCUUCGUGCUUAUCCUAAUUGUUGGUUUAGUUUAUGCAUGGCGAAAGGGAGCAUUAGAAUGGUCUUAAUUCUUGAAUAUUUGGACAAUUAAACAAAACAUUGAGACAGUUAUGAAUUCCAUUGAGUUUCCCUUACUUGAUCAAAAAACCAAAAAUUCAGUUAUUUCUACUACAUUAAAUGAUCUUUCAAAUUGGUCAAGACUAUCCAGUUUAUGGCCGCUUCUGUAUGGUACUAGUUGUUGCUUCAUUGAAUUUGCUUCAUUAAUAGGAUCGUGAUUUGACUUCGAUCGUUAUGGACUGGUACCACGCUCUAGUCCUAGGCAGGCAGACCUCAUUUUAACAGCGGGCACCGUAACUAUGAAAAUGGCUCCUUCUUUAGUUCGAUUAUAUGAGCAAAUGCCCGAACCAAAAUAUGUUAUUGCUAUGGGAGCCUGUACAAUUACAGGAGGUAUGUUCAGUACCGAUUCUUAUAGUACUGUUCGGGGCGUGGAUAAGCUAAUUCCUGUGGAUGUCUAUUUGCCAGGCUGUCCACCUAAACCGGAAGCUGUUAUAGAUGCUAUAACAAAACUUCGUAAGAAAAUAUCUCGAGAAAUCGAUGAAGAUCCAAUUAGUUAUCAACGAGAGAAUAGGUCUUCAGGAGGACUAUUAGCGAGUGUCUAUCAUCUUACGAGAAUAGAGUAUAGUCUAGAUCAACCCGAAGAGGUAUGCAUAAAAGUAUUUACCCCAAGGCAAAAUCCGAGAAUUCCUUCUCUUUUCUGGGUUUGGAAAAGUGCAGAUUUUCAAGAAAGGGAAUCUUAUGAUAUGUUAGGAAUCCAUUAUGAUAAUCAUCCGCGUCUGAAACGUAUUUUAAUGCCCGAAAGUUGGAUAGGAUGGCCUUUGCGUAAAGAUUAUAUCGCCCCCAAUUUUUAUGAAAUACAAGAUGCUCACUAAAUGAUAAAAAUAAGAAAGUAAUCAGAACUUCGACAACCCCAGAUAUUCAAGAAAUAUCUGUAUGGACAUUUUCUUUUUCUUAUAGAUUAGACAGAAUAAUAGAGGUUUCAUUCCUAUCUUAAUUCUGGAUUAUGAUAAAUAAGAAAAUUGAUAAAUAAAAAAGACAAUAAUAUAGGGAUUCAUUGAGAUUCAAAAAUGGGAUGGAGCAAUCCUUAUUUCGGACGUAGGAUGAACUGAAAAAGUUCUGCAUCAUUAACUAUGUAAGAUGCACAUCAGCAUCAAUUAGAUAUCUGGCUAAGAAAAAGAAAAAGUACGAUUAAAUACAAAGAAAUGGACCAGAUUUUUGAAUAAUGUAUCUCAGAUCAAUUUUGACUAUUCUCACCUAUGAACUCCCCUAGAUUCCACUUUUUGGUCUUUCAACCAAAUAAUUUAACCAUUUGAAUAUUGUUUCAAUUGAAAUAUUAACAUUCGUUAUUGCAGCGCACAAAAAAUAGAAACAAACUUGAAUCAUUCAUUUUCAGACUUCCUUUUGAUACCUAGAAUAUACAUCUAUUCAUUCUUCAUCUAGAAAGAGCAUAUCUCCGUACACCUACAUAAAUUAUGUAGGAUGAUUAAGACCACUAAUAAAUAUCUAUCUAUUCCCCCAAUUUUUGAAAAGAAAUAUGGGAAUAGAUACUCAUACAUAAUGA